UUCAUUUGAACUUUCAAAAAACAAAAACAUCCAAACUUUCCAUUUUCCAUUCUCUCAAUUUUAUCAAUUAUCAAUCAAUCAACUCAGCUCCCAUUUUUAAUCUUGAAAAACAAAAAAUCACCCUUUGUGUUGUUCUAUCACAUUCAAAAUCUUGAAAAAAAUUUUGAAAAUCUUGAAAAAAGAAAAUCACUUUUUGUAUUGUUUUUCGUCGAUGGCUCCUACACCGUCAUCAAAGAAUCACACAACUCCAACUACGACUCCUUCAUCAAGAUUGAAUCAUCACCCCCAUGUGGGAAAUUCAAGAACCCCACAAUCGAAACAUCGUUUGAAUUUUACAGCGACGAAAGAAGGGGGUGCACCACCGGAGCAUCCAGUUGAGGUUAUAGGUAGAAUUCGUGAUUACCCAGAUAAAAAGGAGAAAUCUUUAUCAGCAUUACAAGUGAAUGCUGAUAGCCGGUCCUUGCGUGUUAGGACGGAGAUUGGGUACAGGGAUUUUACGCUAGAUGGUGUGUCGCUGUCCGAGGAAGAGGACCUUGAUGAUUUCUAUAAGAAGUUUGUUGAAUCAAGAAUCGAGGGGGUGAAGUUAGGGGAGAAAUGUACGAUCAUGAUGUAUGGACCAACGGGGGCUGGUAAGAGUCACACGAUGUUUGGGAGUGGUAAACAGCCCGGGAUUGUGUAUAGGUCAUUGAAGGAUAUAUUGGGUGAUGGAAAUGAAGAAAAUGAUGAAAAUUGUGAGAAGAAGUUUGGUGUUGGAACGUUCGUUCAUGUUACUGUGUUGGAGAUAUAUAAUGAGGAGAUAUAUGAUUUGUUGUCGACGACUAAUAGUGGGGGUGGAUUUGCUUUUGGUUGGUCCAAGGCCAAUGCUUCUAAGGUGAAGCUGGAAGUUAUAGGUAAAAAGGCCAAAAAUGCUACUUUUAUCUCGGGGACUGAAGCUAUUAAGAUAUCGAAAGAGAUCCAAAAAGUAGAGAAGAGAAGAAUAGUAAAGAGCACUCUGUGUAAUGAGAGGAGCUCUCGGAGCCACUGCAUGAUAAUCCUUGACGUUCCAACAGUGGGAGGGCGACUAAUGCUUGUGGACAUGGCUGGUUCCGAGAAUAUUGAACAAGCUGGUCAAACUGGUUUGGAAGCAAAAAUGCAAACCGCGAAAAUCAACCAGGGAAACAUUGCAUUGAAAAGGGUUGUUGAGUCCAUUGCUAAUGGUGAUUCUCAUGUGCCAUUUAGAGACAGCAAGUUAACCAUGCUAUUACAAGAUUCUUUUGAGGAUGACAAGUCGAAAAUUCUUAUGAUACUAUGUGCAAGCCCUGAUCCAAAAGAGCUCCACAAGACUAUCUCCACUCUGGAAUAUGGUGCCAAAGCAAAGUGCAUUGUCCGUGGUCCUCAUACGCCAUUGAAGGAGAAAGGUACAGAGGAUUCUUCAUCGACAGUUAUCUUGGGAUCAAGAAUUGCCGUGAUGGAUCAGUUCAUCCACAAGCUUCAGAUGGAGAACAAGCUGAAGGAGAAAGAGCGCAAUGAAGCUCAGAAAGAGCUUAUGAAGAGAGAAGAAGAAAUUGCUACGCUAAGGGCCAAACUUGAGUUAGUACAAGGAAAGGGAACUGAGAUAACCGAGGAGCAGAUCAAUCUUAAAGUAAACGAGCGAACACAGAUGUUGAAGAGUGAGUUGGAAAUGAGGAUACAAGAAUGUCAGAAAAUGGCAAAUGAAAUUGUUGAAAUGGAGAGGAGGAAGAUGGAAGAAAGAAUGUUCCAGCAGCAACAAGAAUUUGAAAUGCUCCGGAGGCGCUUGGAGGAUAUGGAAGUUGAGCUUCGCCGCUCCAAGGCUGAAAGCGGUGGCUCAGUACAAGUGGAGGAAAAUGCUUUCGCGAAAAGGCUGCAGGAGAUAUACUCUGACGAUGCAGGAAUGGUAAAGUCUAUGGAUUUGGACAGAUCAAUUGAUAUGGACGCUGGAAAGCUGGAUGUACUGGUCUAUAAACCUGAAAGUGGUAACACUUUCCAAGCAAUCUUGGGUUAUCCUAACACAAGCAAUUCAGUAGAAGUUGAAGACCCACUUUUCACCAAUAAAGUUAGCUUGAGCACCGUAUUUGAAGAGGACGAAGAAGAUGAUGACGAAGGGGAUACAGAGAAGAACCUCAUUGCCGAUGAGGAGGUGCAGAAGGAGGUCAUUGAGGAAAAAACAAUAUGUUCCGGUCUCCUUGAUCAUGAUGAUAUCAGUGAUUUAUCCAAGGACAAUGAUGUUUGUAUGGGUGCAGCGCCUUCAAGGCAAGCGCUUAUUCAGAACAUUUUCACACUGUGUGGAAAUUAUAGAGAGCUUCCUCAGCACGCACAGAAGAAGUUUGAAUAUACUGACUCAUCAUUACCUACAGUUAAGACAAUCGGAGAGGAUUAUGCUGUAAAAGAUUUUCACAAUGCGUCUGUGCUUGCUGCAGAAGGUUUCUCCGAGACCAUAAAAAAGUCACCGGUUAAUCAGACAGGAGCAUUUAAGAGCUCUUACGAUUCAAAGGAAAACUUCAAUCCUUUGAAUCACCUGCCCUUUACUCCACUGGAAAAUAAGCUGCUUCCAUCGACUCCACUGUCAAAUAUCAAAGAAGUAGGAGAGCAUCUGAGUAGAACACCCUUUGUAACUGUCAAAAGAUAUCUGAAUGAGAGCGUUCGCUGAUAUGUUCGUAUUAGUUUGUGUUGAAUCAACGUGACCAUUAUGAUAUUUUGCUCUCGAGUACACACUGCAUAUGUACUCGUAUUGGACUUACUUUGUUA